AUGCAGGUCCUCUGGAUGCAGCUCCAGAGCCUCCGGGGGGACACCUCCACACUCUCACCCGGGCUCUCCCUGCUCCCAUGGCCCGCUACAGUCGCUCCACACACCGGUGGUGCUAGAGAGAAGAUGAGCAGCGGAGGCCGGAGCCCAGAGCCUCAGGGGCCCGAGGGGACUCUGAAGAGGAAAGGGAGUCCCACUGAGCUGCAGCAGCCCAGCCCAAAGCGCGGCACCGAGCGUCGAAACCGCGAGCAGGAAAACCGUUACAUCGAGGAACUGGCGGAACUCAUCUUCAUCAACAUCAACGACAUGGACGACCUCAACGCCAAACCAGACAAGUGCGCCAUCCUCAAGGAGACGGUCAAACAGAUACGCCAGAUCAAGGACCAGGAAAAAGCAGCGGAGGUGGAGACGACGGACGAAGUGCAAGAAGCCGACGUGUCUUCGACUCAAACACUCAUCGACAAAGACGCACUGGGACCCAUGAUGCUGGAGGCGCUGGACGGCUUCUUCUUCGUGGUGAACAUGGAGGGGAACCUGGUGUUUGUGUCGGAGAACGUGACGCAGUACCUCCACUACCAGCAGGAGGCGCUGAUGGGCUCCAGCGUGUACAGCAUGCUGCAUGUGGGAGACCACGCUGAGUUCGUGAGGACGCUGCUGCCCAAGAGCCUGGUAAACCACAGCCGCAGCGACGCCUCCAGUCGCAACAGCCGCACCUUCACCUGUCGGAUGCUCAUCAACCCCCAGCCUGAGGGAAGCCCCGCCCCCUCCACCACGCCGACCAAUCAGGACGUGCCGCAGAAGUACGAGACGCUGCAGUGUUUUGCCGUGUCCGAGCCGCAGUCCAUAAAAGAGGAGGGGGAAGAUUUCCAGUCGUGUCUGAUCUGUGUGGCACGGCGAGUUCCAAUCAAAGAGCGAGCGGCGACCUCCACCUACGAGAGCUUCACCACGAGACAGGAUUUACAAGGGAAGAUCACGUCUCUGGACACAUCUCUGCUUCGCGCCUCCAUGAAGCCGGGAUGGGAGGACCUGGUGCGGCGGUGCAUCCAACGCUUCCACCUUCAGACGGACGGAGAGCUGAGUUUCGCCAAGAGACAGCAGCAGGAAGUCCUGCGCUGUGGCCACGCCCUCAGCCCGCUGUACCGGUUCACUCUGUCGGACGGUACCCUGGUGUCGGCCCACACCAAGAGCAAACUGGUGCGAUCGGCAAACACCCAGGAGCCCCAGCUGUACAUGUCCCUGCAUAUCCUCCAGAGGGAGCAGAACAUUUCCGACCUGAGCACAGACCCAGCAGCGCCCCCUGCUGUCCUGAAGCCCGGGUCUCCUCUGAGCACCUCCACGCUCUCUCCUCUCACCGGGGCGGUCUGCUGUGGCCCAGACCCCAGCUCCUGCACCUCACCCGGGCUCCAGACCUCACAGCCCAGCCCCUGCUCCUCCCCCGGCCUGAAGGCAUCCCGCCCGGUCUCCUGCUCCUCCCCAGGACCCCAGACCUCCCCGCCUCCCCCCUCUCUGGGCAGCCCCUACGUCUCCUCUGCUUCACACUCCCGCAAGAGCGACUCUCCACAGCCCUCGUCUGUCGGAAGCUCCUCCAACAAUGUCGGCUCAAAGUCUCCGGAAAAGUGUGCGCAGCCGCAGAGCCCUCCGAACAUCACCCAGAGCGCAGAGUCUGUGGGGGAGGGCUGUAAGGACGCAGACGCAGACGUGUCCAGCUCUCUGCUCAACGCCAAAGCCAACACCAAACUGCUGCAGCUGCUGACGGGCAGCCAGAGUAAACCGGACGCUCUGGAGGAGAGUUCUCCCGCUGACGACUGUAAAGAUGGAGACGGGGAAGACGGGGGAGAAGGGGGAGAUGGGGGAGCCGGGGGGAGCCAGCCGUCAUCUCUAAAGGAAAAACACAAGAUCCUGCACCGACUGCUACAGAACAGCUCCUCCCCCGUGGAGCUGGCCCGGCUGACAGCCGAGGCAACAGGUAAAGAACGUGUGUCUUCAGGAGGCGCUGCGGUGGUGGAUCCAGCAGAGGGCGCCGAGGCCGAGCGCAGAGUGGAGCCCGGGAGCCCAAAGAAGAAGGACAACGCUCUGCUGCGCUACCUGCUGGACAGAGACGAUAACGGCGUCCUGGACAAAGAGAUAAAGAUGGAGGCGAGCGAGAAGCAGAGCACCAGCGCAGAGGCGGGGUUUGGUGCACAGAGUGAGCUGGAGGAUCUGCUGGAGGACCUCCAAAGCAGCUCCCAGAUGCUCUACUCCACAGGGCCCCAGCCUCGUGCCCCUGCGGCCCCCCCUGUAGCUGACCUCAUCACCCCCCCCUCCUCUGCACAGAUGCAUCGUGGGUACCCUCCCAUCAGCCCCGCAGGCUUCAGUGGUCCCAGAGCCGUGCAGCACAGCAGAGCGCCCCCUACAGGACACAGCAUGAACGCCCAGCGCGCCUUUGCACCGCAGCGCAGCAGUGCGGCCGCGUACACACUCCUGCAGCAGCAAGGCAUGAUGGGAGCACAUGGCUGCCAAGAUGUGAUGACUCCGGCUCCAGUGCAGCAGUGGGCAGCUCAGGGGCCGCUAAGUGGAGGACACAUGAUGACCCAGGGGCCCCACACUCAGCACAGACUGGCCCCCGGCAUGAACCCAGCCCUGGGCACACGCGCUCCGGCCAGAGUGGGACUGCAGAUGAUUGGGAACGAGAUGGAGCUGUCGACCAGUUACUCUCAGCCUCCGCCCAAUCAGACGGCUCCGUGGCCCGAGCGUGCGAUGGCCGUGGAUCACUACGGAAACCAAAGCAGGUCGGGUUACUCCCAUCACGAGGACGCCCUACACUGCAGUGACGCUCACGCAGACGAGGGGGCGCUCCUGAGUCAGCUCUGCUCCGUGCUCAAAGACUUUGAAGGUUUGGAGGAGAUCGACAAGAUGCUGGGGAUCCCCACGCUGGUCGGACACGAGCAGGAGCCCCCUCUUUACACUCAGCACAUGCAGCAGUACGACGCCUCGUACCACCGCGCUGCUCUGACCGGACACAUGGGGCAGCAGAGAGUUGGAAACCCGGCCAUGAUGAGGGGCCCCCUGCACCGCCCAGGGGCCCCCACACACAUGGGGACUCCUCCACCCAUCAACCUGAGGAUGCAGCUUCAACACCGGCUGCAGGCGCAACUGAACCGACAGCCAAUGGGAAACCAAAUGAACCUGAACCUGCCGCUGAGGUCCAACGUCCCGUACCAGAGCGGUGUGAAUGCGCAGAUGUUGGCUCAGAGGCAGCGCGAGUACCUCAGUAACCACCUCCGGCAGAGACAGCAGCAGCAGCUCCACCAGCAGAGGGCGCUCAUGAUGAGAGGGCAGACACCAAACCCGCGGAUGGCCCCGACUCCACAGGCCUACUCCUACAGCAGCUACGGAAUGCCUCAGCAGCAACAGCAGCAGGACUCCUCUGGCUUCAGUCCUCUGCUCUCUCCCAGACACCAAGCCCCGGUCCAGAGCCAAGGACAGGCAGGCCCCCCUGUGUAUCACCAGCCCAGUGGGGACAUGAACGGCUGGGGCCAAAGCAACAACAAUGUGUACCAAAGUCAGUCCCAGUUCUCCCAGUCCACGAUGUUCUCUGACAUGGGCUCAGUGGGGACCAUAGCCGCGGACACGGGGAGCGAGGGCCUGAUCCUGGACCAGCUGAGUGGGAUGGACAUUCUGCCGGACGCGGACCCUUCUGCUAGUUUCUGUUGA